AUGUUCAUGCAACUCUAUUCUUGCCGUUGGGGUGCAGGUUCUGCCGAUUCAAGGCAUAGGAGCGGCGGCAAGUCUUUAACCUCUUUGACUACCACGUCUCAAUAUGGUGUCACACUUAAAGUGUCACUGAAGCAACUCAUGGAUUCGACCUCCACUGGGUUAGAGGUGCUCCCUCAUGGGGUCCCAAACCUCAUUUAUGAUUCACCAGGUGACUUUGGCGCACUUGAUUUCAAAAUCGUUCUCGAACCAGGCGCUAUAGACCACGUUCAUAAUCUCUAUGUUGAUCUUAAUCACGCUGUCUUUGAGCUUGUCCCUCGAGACUUUGGUGAUUUCAUACAUCAGUGCUAUAAUGAGCUUGGCCGCCCCGUUGUCGAUCGCCGCUCAGCAUGGAACAUCUAUUUGGACUUACACCAGAUCAUCUCUUGGCUUUAUGAGCAGUUGCCACCAGUGGUGCUCCCCAAUGACAAUCUGAACAAUGAUUUCUUACCGCUCUUGGAAAACCACGAGGACUUGCCAUUUCACGACGGGAAUGAUGGGGCUUAUUAUAUGGGUGGUGUAGGAGGGGGAUUGGGCCUUCAUGAAUCUCAUUCACGACAAUUGGACAUACUUGCAGAGGAUGAUGAACCGGAUGUAUCUCUCCUUGAAGACACCAACAUUGACGAGUCUGGUCACACUGGUCUAGUGGUCUGGGAGUUUUCCGAUGACGAAGAUGGACAUGUGGUUGACGAAUGGUAG